GUGGCCCCGUCGGGCCAGCUGCCGGUCGGUCACGUGAUCUCCCGCCUGCCCGCCGGUACCUGCGCUCCUGGCUCCUGGCUCCCGCGCCGGGAUGCGGCGGCUCUGCGGUUUCCUGGUGUUGCUCGGAGCCGCUUCCUGCGGCCUCUACCUGCUGUCGGCGCGGCUGCGCCCGGGGGGCCCGCUCGGGGCCGGCAGGUCACUCAAGUUCCCAUCAGACUUGGAGGAGCUGCGAGAGCUUGCAGAGUUUCUACAGUAUUAUAAGCAAGAGCACCAGAGCUAUGUGCUGCUGCUGUUCUGUGCUGCCUACCUCUACAAGCAGUCCUUCGCCAUCCCCGGCUCCAGCUUUCUGAACAUCCUCGCUGGGGCUCUGUUUGGACCAUGGAUGGGGCUCUUGCUGUGCUCUGCUUUGACUUCUGUGGGUGCCACCUGCUGUUACCUGCUCUCCAGGGCCUUUGGGAAACAGUUUGUAGUCUACUGGUUUCCUGAUAAAGUGGCCAUGCUGCAAAGAAAGGUGGAGGAAAACAGGAGCUGCUUAUUUUUCUUCUUGUUGUUUCUGAGACUUUUCCCCAUGACCCCAAACUGGUUUCUGAACCUGGCAUCUCCGAUCCUGAACAUCCCGGUUUCUCAGUUCUUCUUCUCCGUCCUUAUCGGUCUGAUCCCCUAUAACUUCAUUUGUGUGCAGACGGGUGCCAUCCUCUCGCAGAUCACCUCCCUGGAUGCCAUUUUCUCCUGGGGCACGUUACUUAAGCUACUGGCCAUAGCCAUGGUGGCGUUGAUACCAGGGACCCUGAUUAAGCAAUUCAGCCGGACACACCUGAAAUUGGAUGAAAAGGACCAGAGCGUUCGCCUGCUCAAUGGCAAAAAGAGCACAUGAUGGACUGGGUGCAGCAGCUGUUCAGAAUGUCUGAUUGUUUAUUUAUGGGGAUGGUGCAAUCAUCAGCAACCAGAUGAUGUUUUAAGUUGCUGCCUGCACUGCCUCUUCUCUGCACAAGCUAGGGCAGAGGACAACUGCAGUUCUUAAAUCUUUUUAAAUCUA